UUUACUCCCAAAAUGCAGCACGAUAAUCGUAUGUGUUUGAUUGCUCGCGCACAACAGUUCAUAUGCAACACUUGGUUCCUUACCCCUUGUACGCGAAGCGUGCGGGGGUAAGUGAUCACUUACUAAAUUUAGGGUUAACGCAUGGAGUUCGCGGCUCGACAAAAUUUGGGGUCAAAAUCAUUUAUUUUUGGCAGAACUUUCUGGGAAUUUGGUACAGCCUGCAUGCAGCUUAGCCUGUCUGAGGUGUUCUGGACAGGUUUCGACCAGUUGUCAGCUGGUUCUCAUCAAUAGGAUAUGUGGGGCAGAAGGAACAAAGCGUGGAAAUCGUGUAGAAUAAUGGCUUGUCUGAAGAUUUAAUAGUAGAGUUCCUCCUUCAUCAAAUUAUUCGCCUUUACUUCGAUGCAGUUUUGGGCCACAGGCCACGUCAUAUUAAUCAAGCAGGGUUCUCUAAUAUUGACAUUAACCAUUUACUAUAACUAUUGUAGGAAACGUCAUAUCACUGAUGAUUACGAAAUAUAUUUGAUGAAGUCUCUGCUUCUUAUUGCUUCACAACUCGACUGAUUGAGGUUAUGAAUUUAUACCAAUGUUACAAAUACGUUUUAAGCAAGAAAAUAUAAUUCUGUAUUCAGAUUAUGCAGAAUUUUGAGCGUUUUAACAGGGGGUGGCGGAUAUGGGUGCUAUGUAUGAAACUUAGAAGGGACUGCAGGGUGCCAAUAGUUCUGUUUCCGCCUCCCAGAAACCGCCCUCCCACUCCUUUGGUGAUCUUGCAUUGGCCUAUCUCAGCUGCUCCUUCGACGACAUCAAAAUCUACCAGAUUAUCCAGAUCAGCAGUUUACGCUCCCCACAGUGGCACUCAGGUGGGCGUCAGACCGUGUUCUUCAGGAGUUCCCAACAUGAACAUCCCUCUUUUCACCACAAUCCAGGAGCGCUUCAAAUCGGAUAUUCCGGACUUUGCUUUGGAUGACUAUUCAUGCUGAGUUCAUCAAUCUUCCACGUGGCACUACUUGAUUCAUAUGGGUUCAAUGACAUAGGUAUAUAGCUCUAAAUUUAAUAUAGAUAUGUGUGUACCAAGUCUUCUGUGCUUGUAGUUUGCCACCAUUACAGAAACACACCAGAUAUACUAAUUAGGGAAAAUAAUAAUUAGGGAAAAUAAUAAUUUGUUUAUUUCACAUUUAACAACAAUCAAUCGAUAUAUAAAUACAAAUAUCAAUCUCAUCUCUAGACUCUAUAAAAAGAUAGUCUGUACGAUUCAGUACUGAUCUUAUUACCUAUAAUUUAAAAUAUUGUUCAUCUAUAACAAAGUGGAUAUAAAUAAAUAUGCUACGGUCUAUGUAAUAUUUUGUUCUUAAUUUCUAUAAUGGGCAUUUGAAAACUUAAUAAUAAAAUAAUCGUUAUAGGAAUGCUCAUCUAAGUUUGCCUUGAGAAUUACAUAUUUCAAAUUAGUCUUUUAAAACCAGUGAAAUAGGUAGCAAACAUGCAAACAUGCAUACAAAUCACUCAAAAUAUGAACGAAUUUCAAAAAUAAAUUUAUUAAGAAGAGAAAGUUGAACCUGCGAGCCGAAACCACUGAGUCACUCCACUACCAUUGUAACUAAGAUGGUUUUAUUACACAUAUAUUACUGCCAUGGGAAUGUUUGUUAGAAAUUUACAGCCUUAUCAUCUUUCACUGACCCCCCAAAUGACUACAGGCACUUCGUGGACGACGGUAUCGGCGCCUUCCGUGAUCAACCGCAUGCAGACUCCUUCCACCGCUUCAUGAACACCCUCUGCCCAGACCUUCAGUACACCAUCGAGCACCCAUCCUCAGACGGCUACCUUCCCUUCCUUGACAUCCUCAUCCAUCCCGAUAAGUCCACCUCCGUCUACCGCAAACCCACCCACACCAACCUCUAUGCCCGCCACAACUCCUGCGCCGCACCCUCCACCAAGGACUCCGUCAUCCGCUCCCUCAUCACCCGCGCCUACAACCUCUGCUCCCCUCAGCACCUUCAACCUGAACUCCAAACCGUCCGCUCCAUCUGCAUCUCGAACGGCCAUCCUGCCCCUAGAGUUGACCGCAUCAUGAACCAGAUCCACCUGAAGCAGACCUCCUCCCCCACUACCAUGUCCGCCCGCCAGUUCAAAUGCACCUGCUCUCCUCCCUCCUCCCUUCGAUUCAGCCUACCCUACCACCACUCCCUGUCCAAACCCCUCAAGAAGAUCCUCACCUCCUACGACAUCGAUGUUACCUUCUCCUCCGCGACGACCCUGCGCGACACCCUCACCAACGUCAAAUCUCCUACUCCUCCCCACCUCACUCCUAACGCGAUCUACUCCAUCCCCUGCAAGGACUGCCCCGCCAGCUACAUCGGCCAGACCUACCGCCCCAUCCUCAAACGCAUCAAAGAGCACAAGGCUUCCACCAAUAAACACCUUUCUGACAGCACCCUGGAAUUCAACAACUCCGCCGUCGCCCAGCACGCCAUCGAAUCCAACCACACCAUCGCCUGGAGCCAGACAUCCGUCCUUACCACAACCUCCUCCCGCUACCACCUGAACCUUGCCGAGCACGCAGCCAUCAAAAUCCGCAACCCUAUCUGCAACCGCCAGCUAGUAGGCCCCAAUAUCCAUUCCCUCUGGAACCCCCUCCUUCCUAAACUUUCCAACUCCAUGAAGUCCAAGCCUGCAUCCCUCCCUCUUGCUGACACCGCUCCUCCUGCUCGUUAUUGAUCCUGUUUGAUUGAGUUUUUAGUUUUAUGAUUGAUGUAUUUUCACCUCCCACCUGAUCACUUGACACCACCACUCCAUUCAAAUACCCCCUCACACUGCACUUCAUCAUCUCCUGAUGAAGGAACCACCAUUGGUUUUGAAACGUUGAGAAAUAAACUCCCUCGUGUUAAUUUUCUUCUUUCAAAUUAUACAGAAAAAUAACAAUAAAAAGGGUAAAAAACAUAAUUUAAAUUUUUCAAUUCUAAAUAGAACAUUUACGGUUGUAAACAUUUUUGAAAGUACCCCCUCCACCCUCUGACAAUCUUUUGGGAGCAUACUAAUUUUAAUAUGAUCAUGAUAGUAGACAAUAUUAAGUAGUUUGAAACUUUUCUCGGAUAGGGUA